AUGCAGUCGGGAACGCGUUUUACGUUUAAUCACGUGUUUGGGCCGUUAUCGACACAGGAAGAAAUAUAUAAUACAUGCGUGGUCCCCCUGAUCGACAGUGCGUUCGAGGGGUACAAUGCGACAAUUCUUGCUUACGGCCAGACAGGUUCCGGCAAAACCUACACAAUGGGAACGUCUGGCCGUGUUUCAAAUCAAGCUGAAAUCGGAAUCGUCCCCCGUUUUAUCGAGGAGCUUUUCGUCCGGAAAGCCCAAAUCGAGCAGGAGCACCCCGGCAGCACCAUCUUAGUCACAGUGAAUUACCUCGAAGUGUACGGAGACGACAUUAAUGAUCUCCUCGAAAUGGACCAAUCAACGAAGAGCAUGGUAAACGUCAUCACGGACCCCAAGGGCGGAUGCAAAGUGAUCAACCAGCGCAGCGAGCAGGCGUCGACGGCGGAGGAGCUGCAGACGUGGCUGGAGCGCGGGAGUUUGUACCGAAUCACGGGGGAAACGUCGAUGAACCAGAACAGCAGUCGCUCGCACGCGAUCUUCACCGUGCUGAUCGACCAGGAGAUCCGUUCGACGAGCGUGGAGAACGAGGAGGAGGUGGUGCACAACGAGAUCAAGCAGUCGAAGUUCCACUUCGUGGACCUGGCGGGCAGCGAGAAGGUGUACCGCACGCAGUCGACGGGGCAGCGCAUGAAGGAGGGCAUCAACAUCAAUCUCGGGCUGCUCACGCUGGGCAAGGUCAUCCGCGCGCUCGGCGACGAGAAGAACAAGGGGAGCGUGCCGCCCUAUCGCGACUCCAAACUCACGCGUCUGCUGAUGGACUCGCUCGGAGGCAACGCCAAGACGCUCAUGAUCGCCUGCGUGUCGCCCGCGAGCGACUCCGCCGCCGAGACCGAGGGCACGCUGCGCUACGCCGCCAGCGCGAAGAACAUCGAGAACAAGCCCAUCGUCAACCGCGACGAGAACGAGUCGCUCAUCGUCGCGGUUUCCACGUUUCCACGGUUUGAGGGUGUAGCUGCGGCAGCAAAUCGCGUCGUUGCAGGCGGAGCUGCAGCAAGUGAAGGGCGAGAUGGACCCGUCGCUUCUCAUGUCGCUCGCGCAGCAGCACGUGCUGCACGACGGGCGCGAGACCUCGCGGCUGUUCGACACGGAGCGGAGGAACCUGGAGAACCGCGCGCAGCAGGCGGAGGACGAGGUGAAGCAGCUGCAGGAGCGGACGAAGGCGCUGGAGCAGGCGCUGGAGGACGCGAAGAAGGAGAACGCGAUGCUGCGCGCGCAGCUGGAGUUCGCGAGCGUGGAGAAGGGAGAGUCCGGAACCGUGCUGGGAGAAUCGUACUCCGCCGAGGCGAUGAAGGAGAUUAA